CUUAGGACAGGGCCGGAGCGCAGAAUCAUCUUCUAUCUGGUAUGGACCAGCGACUUAUAAAUAACCUAGAAGGUCGACUGAAGCGAGAAAACGGCAGACAUACAAGCCUCAAGGCGACCUCUUGAGACUAUUCCUCCAGAAAUGCGUUUUCACGUAGUCGGACUGGGCCCUAUCGGGACACUGGCAGCUUUCCAUCUACGCCGCGCCGUUCCCCGCUCCACACCCAUCUCCCUCAUUCAUCGCAAGCAGCAGCAGCCACAGCGCGAAGAGAACGUCCUGAAGGUCGAGCGCGACGGCGUGGUAUCCACCGAGGAUGGCUUCGACGUCGAAUACUUCCCUGGUAGCCAGACGGACACCUCGAUGGAGGCCACGAACCCCCUCACCGACAUCCACUCCCUCAUCAUCGCCACCAAAGCGCAGGCGACCUUCGGCGUCGUCGAAGCCCUCCUCCCCAAUCUCUCCCGCAACAGCACCAUCGUCCUCCUCCAGAACGGGAUGGGCGUCUACGAGCGCCUCGUCGAGACCAUCUUCAAGAACCCCGCGAACCGGCCGCACUUCAUCUGCACGGUGAACACGCACGGCGCGACGAUGCGUGAGGCGCGACGGCAUGCCAUACACCGCGGUCUCGGCGCGCUCAGGUUCGGCAUCAUGCCCAACAUUAACCGCGACUUCGAGAAGAGCUUGCGCAACCCCGAACUGCCGCCGGAGGAGCGUGUGCUCUCGCUUAGCGAUAUCUCGAGCGAGGGCGACCCACAGGCGGAGCGCUACCAGAGCCUGCUGAUGACCGUCGCCGCGCUUAGCGUGAUGGACCUAAACCCACAAUGGACGCCCAUCGAGACGCUGCAGAUCGCGAUGUACCAGAAGCUGGUCGCGAAUGCCAUCAUCAAUCCCUUGACCGCGCUUCUGCGCUGCCCGAACGGCGAGCUCCUUGCGCACAACGCGACGAAGAACAUCGCGCUGAAAGUGUGCACCGAGGCCGGGACGACGUUCCACAAGAUGUACGCGAGCCGGCUGGACAAAGAGAUGCGCAUGAUGCACGCGCAGGGCUUGGCGCCUCGGACGCAGCCGCAGGUGCCUCGCGAGCUCUGGUCGUCGUCGCUGAUGGAGGAGACGAUGCGCAUCGCUGAGGUCACGGCGAAGAACACGUCGUCGAUGCUGUACGACGUGCUGCACGCCAGGCCGACCGAGGUGGACUUCAUCAACGGCCAUAUCUGUCGGCUUGGGAAACAGUACAGUGUCGCGACGCCCACGACGAAGACGCUGUGGGAUCUCAUGCAAUUGAGAGCUGCCAUACCAUUGGACCUCAUCGUAUGAUUGCAUUGUGCCUCCGUACAGGGCCCCUUGCGUCGCAUAUACGUGGGCCCGAGACCAGCGCGACACAGUCCGCCUGACAUAUUUUCAUGUGCACGGCUGGACGUCCUCGACGCCUUCUUUGCCAGGCUGCAGCGACUUCGUCCUUCCGAGUAACGAAGGGCGGACCGGUGGGCGAGGUCGAAGGCGCCUUGCCUCCCCUACUGCCGACCGGGCGCUUUCAAGCGCAGCGCGCACCUCGCGCUCGGCACCCAAUCAUCGCGGCAUUUUCGUAGCAUAGACAGUAGGUCUCCUGCCCACCGAAUUGCAUCCAUUUCACCGA